AUGGCAUCCUCUUCUAGCGACGGGCCAGGCGCCACGCCCACAAGUCUGGCGGUCGUUUCGACGGCUGCGCCCAAGCAACGCUCGUUCUGGGAUAUCCCGACAGAAGUGCGCCUCGAAAUCUAUGAACUACUUUACUGUCAACCCAAACCCAUCCGCCUCUUUCUCAACGCUGAUGGCAGACUCAAACGCAUGCGAAUCAACCUUGUCCCCCUUGGCGGCCAUCCUGACCCCGAAAUUCCAACCCAGGCUUUCAGGGUAGACAAGAAAUUCUAUCAAGAGGCUUCUCCUGUCCUCUACCAACGAAACAAGUUCAACAUGAACUGGGAGAAUCUCAGCAAAUUCUUCUCGAAAUGGGAUCAGGGAAUCACCAGCCGUCUGGAAGCCAUCGACAUUUAUUGUGGAAGAGGGCCAGCUUGGGGAUUUGUUUCUGUCAUCAGAGUGCUGGUAGACAAGAUGCCAGGCGUGCGGGAGUUAAAUAUUAUCUUUUACAGUUCAUCCAGACUUCUUGCUGCUACUCUGGAAACCUCGAGUGCCAUAACACCUUGCGCCUCCAUGUUUCCCGGACCGGAGCUGGAGCUCAUUCUUCACCCCGAAAAGCUAUCUCGAGAAUGGAACCCAGGUAUGAGCCGCCCCGAUGUUGCUGCCAUCUGUAAAGCCAUCAGAGAGGGCAAUGCAAAGCUGGCCGACAUCUGGCCUGCAAAUCUUCCCGUCAAUAACCUCACUCGGUUCUGCGCCCCCAAUUUGUCCCUAAUCAGGUUGAGUGGCCGAAUCUCUCGCAGAGUCCUCCCUAAAAUCCUCCGGCACAGAUGUCUGCCCGGCGACUGUUUCUGGAUGAAGGUUGCCCAAGGAGUGGAAGAAGGCAGCGCCGACAAGGAGACUGGGAAGGAGGAGCACUCCUGUAAGAUGUCGGAGAAGGAAGACAACCAACCCAUCGGUGAUGUGCUCCACUACAAAUGGAAAGCCAUGGACCCUCGUGAGAGAACAGACAUACCAGAGGUCAACAUGCGUCAGUGGCACCCGCCACUUACAGAAAAGGAAAAGCAGAAAGUGAGGGAUUUUGCCAAGAUCUUUGAGAGCCGUGACGUUUCCUGCCAGGACGACAAGUCUCCCUCUGGAGAGCACGAGACCGCCAGCGACGAUAAUGAUGGUGCAUCCGAGGCGAACGCCAUGGCCGGGGGAGCCACGGCCCUUCCGGAACCUGAGUCGACUGAUCAUGGCGGGACAGCUGAGGAACGUCUGCGGGACUUGCAGCAGCUGGCUUUCGCCAACUAUUUUGAAGCCAACUAUUUUGAAGAUCUCGAACGCCGACAGGACUUGCAGCAGCUGGCUUUCGCCGACUGUUUCGAAAACCUUAACUCCGAGUUUCUGCACAAAGAUCCAGCAGACGUCAGAGCUGCCUUGCUGGACACGUUUGGCCCUUUUGCGCAAGAAAUUUUUCCGUGA